UUCGGGAACCUAAUAUAGCUGAUUCCUUGUUCCCCAAGUUCCCAAAAUCAGAACAAAGACAUAACUUCCAUAUAUAUUUCUAUAGAAAAGAGUGUUAGGAAUCAGCUAUGGCGGGAGGAGGAAACUUUCUUCAGAGGGUUAUUUCUUACGUAGCCAACGAGUUGAUCGUCAAUGGACUCGCCAACAACCAAAGUUUUCAAAGGUUUGCCGUAAGGACCUCGAAGAGAAUAGAUGAUAUAUCUAAAAUGGCUGUGCAGACUACCUCGAAGAGAAUAGAUGAUCUAUCUAAAAUGGCUGUGCAGACCAAGCGAAAAAUUGCUGACCAGAUCAAGGAUGCGUCAAAAACCUUUGAGUCUUUCAAGAACAAGUGAUUUGGAAGCAAUGGUGUAAGGAUGUACAGAGUUUGCUCUUUUCUCCCAAACUAUUAUUUUGAAGAAAAUUGAGUCCUUGUUUCUGUGUGACUACGAUGCCUCGAGGAUAAUUCCAGUUCUGUAAUGUGGCUUUGUUGCACAUGGCGGUGUAGAAGUGAUCUUAGUAAUGAUGCCAUAAUGUUGCAUCGUAUUGUUUUCCCAUUUUUGUCACUUUUGUGAUGCGUUUUGCAAGUCGCUUGUCAAUUUCGAAUCAUGCCUCUAGAAAGCAUGUGGAAAAGGUGCACAGAGUAGCUGCUCAAACUUUGGUGAAUCUAUGCUCUAUAGCGUGGCAUUUUAUCUUUUAUGUACAGGAGAGGCUAUGAGAAUUGAGAACUAUGCACA